CCUUCUCUCAGGGUUUCCGUGAGACUUGGGCAGAAGCUGAGGUGACAGGACGCAGGAAUGCCAUGGCAAGGAGGUCUGAAACAGUUCCCCUAGGGAAUCUGAUAGUCUUCCUCCAUGGCAUCCUUGAGCAGUCGCCUCCUGAGGGCAGUACAUUAGGCAGAACUGAUCUGCAUCAGCCAGAAGCCCAGGUAGGCCCCGGAGAUGUAUCCUCAGGCCGGAAACGGAAGCGGAGCGGACCCUCUCCCGACCCAGAGGCUGAGAACAGCCCCAAGCCUAGUCUAGACCCAGAAGACAAUCUCCAGCAAGAAGCCACUACCAGCCGAAGUAAAAAAGUAAAGGUCACAUCUGAUUAUGCUUACAAUACUUUAUUUCUAAAUGGAGAAACCAGUGACAUUAAAAUCCGCGCUCUGGGGAGAGUGUGGUGUCUACACAAAAUGUAUUUAUGUCAGUCAGGCUACUUUGCUACUCUGUUUAAAAAUGGUUGCGAUGACUCUGGCAAAGAUAUUAUCGACCUAGAGAUUAAGGACCACAAUAUUGACGUCGAGUCCCUGAACUUCGUGCUAGGUUCCUUGUACAGGGGUGGAUAUGACUUAACGGAGUCCCUUCAAAUUCCACCAAUUUUGGCAACGGCAUGCCUGCUUCAAGUAGAGGACUUAAUUGAAGAGUGUGAGGAGACCAUGAAGGAGGCAGUUAACGUGAAAACUGUCUGUGGCUACUAUGCAACAGCAGAAGCCUAUGAGUUAGCAUCUCUGAAGACAAAAUGCUUUAACUGGCUUCUCCACAAUCUGAUGACGCAUCCAAAUGUUGAACUUUACAAAGCACUCAGUAUAGAGCUCAUGAAACUGCUCAUUUCUUCAGCUAACGUACUAGUAAUACAAAAGGAAAUAGAUGUGUACACCACACUUAAAGAGUGGAUGUUCCUUCGUCUUAACCCGGCUUGGAAAGGAUCCGUAAAAAAGCUUUUAGGCCAUGCAAACAAAUGGUUUUCCAGGCACAGAGGACGUGUUGCCAGCAUGGCCUUCCUGGAAACCAGACGAGGCAGACCAUUUCAAUCGGUGUUUAAAAAUUUGAGGUUUCAGUAUAUCAUCUGUGACCUGGCCUCCACAAGAGUUAUUGAGCACGAUACUCUAAUACCUUCAGAUUGGUUAUCGCAAGCUUAUAAGCAACAAUGGUUUACCUUGCUGAGGGUACGACAAAGCCAGGAAAUCGGGCCCCUAUACACCAAUAAAAUAGAACUUGAAGAAUACAGCAUGAGAUGUGGGAAAAUGCUUGUCAAGAAGGGGACAUUCUCCUGGAAGUGGUCGGGUUUCAACUUCGGCUUUCCUUUGCAUGUCAUCUUCACCAGCGAUUAUAUAAUUUUCAAGCAAAAUAUCUUCCCUCAUUCAUGUGCGGGUUCAGUUUGUCUACGAUCUCUAAGAAAUAUUGCAUUCAGAUUAACUUUGGUAUAUUUCGAUUCAAGUGGAAACUUAAGUUUCAGCAAAACAACCGGUUAUAAGACUCUUACCUUUGAGAAUGAUGAGGAACACCUGGUAAUGAACUUAGAUAGCAAAUCUCUGAGCUUCCCUUUAUAUAUAUUCUGUAACUUCCUGUUUACAUCAUUAGAAAAUCUAGGAAAUUGAUCAGCUUGUCAAGUAGGAUGUAUUAGCAUUUUGAACAUUCUGAUGUUUUAUUUCCUUCAAUGGCCCUACUGUAAAACACAAUAAAGAUGACAUAUAAUAAAAAUCAAAUGUGGAAACUACCAUGAAUGACUAGCUUCAUUUUAUUUCCAUGGAUUUAAGAAUAAAAAGUUUAUUUCAAAGGAAGUAUCUGUGAAACCAAAUAAUCAUUGAUGCUGUCAUUUUUUGCCUCUUAUUUACCAUCAACAGACAAGCUCUAAAUGAAAAUGCGAGCCUACAUUUCCAAAGGAUAAAAAUAAAUUUAUUAGUUAGACAAGUUUUACCCUUACUAAUAUUAAGACAAAAUAUAGAAUUCAUUCCCUUGCUGAAAUUGUUGUGCAAAUGUGGUUUUUAUUGUGGCAAUAUUACAGGAGAGAGUCAAUCAUCAGGUAAAACCUGAGAUUAUGGCCCUGGCUGGUUUGGCUCAGUGGAUAGAGCAUCGGCCUGUGGACUGAAGGGUGCCGGGUUCGAUUCCAGCCAAGGGCAUGUGCAUUGGUUGUGGGCACAUCCCCAGUGGAGGGUGUGCAGGGGGCAGCUGAUCGAUGUUUCUCUCUCAUCAAUGUUUCUAGCUCUCUAUCUCUCUCCCUUCCUCUCUGUAAAAAAGCAAUAAAAUAUAUAUAUUUUUAAAAAACCUGAGAUUAGGGACUCUCCUGUACUCUAAAAUGUACAGUUUUAAAUAGCCAGGAAAUCUCAGGUUUUAUAACAUUACAUAUUAUAUAAGUUAGUGUUAUUUUCCAAAUAAUUUAACACAUGGCCCAUUUACUCUAGGGUUUGGAGAA